UCAGGCUGCCCAAAAUUGACCUUCCUCACUUCGAUGGCGAUUAUCAGCACUGGCUUUCAUUCAGAGAUACGUAUAUUUCACUUAUACACGACAACACCAGCAUUAAUAACGUAAAUAAAUUUCAUUAUUUACGUGCUGCACUUACAGGCAGCGCGUCUUUGAUCAUUCAAAGCUUGGAUCUAACCUCUGAAAAUUAUUCUAUUGCUUGGCAAUUACUCUCUGAUAGGUACGACAAUCCGAGAUUGCUUAUCAACAAUCACAUUAGUGCCUUAUUUUCUGUGGACCCCAUUCAAAGGGAGUCUAGCUCAGCAUUACGUAACAUUGUUGACGUAACUAACAAAAACUUACGUGCCCUCGCCUCUUUAGGCGAACCAACCGAUCAUUGGGACAGUUUAAUUGUUUUUCUUAUGUCCAAAAAGCUAGACUCGUCCUCUUACAGACAAUGGGAAGAACAUAGAAACAAUCUUGAUUCUUCGCCCACAUUACAGCAAUUUAUUAAAUUCUUAAUUAACAGAGCGGAUCUCUUAGAAACCUUAACUGAUACAUUUAAAUAUAAACAAAAUAACAAACCUAAUAAUAACAAUGACGCAUUCAAAACAAAAAACUUUUUAGUGUCCACUGAUAACACUAGAGCCUAUUCAUGCCCAAUGUGCUCACAAUCUCACGGCUUAUUUAAUUGCCCAUCAUUCAAAGCUUUGGACAUUGAUUCACGCAUUAAAAAAGCAAAAGAAAGUCGUGUUUGCAUGAAUUGUUUACGAUUAGGUCAUGUAGAAAACGCUUGUACGUUGACACAUUGUAAGUACUGUAAGUACAGACACAACACAUUGUUACAUAAAGACGUAAACAAAAACACAUACACCAACAAAUCUGCUUCAGUGCCUACAACCAGUGGUUUAGCGAACAAUGUAGCCCUUUCGUCGGACAUUUCACCAAGUACAUUAAAUAACCAUGGCUCUGUACUGCUUUCCACAGCGCUCGUGAAGGUGGCAGACAGGCACGGGAGCCUGCACACAGCGCGGCUGCUCCUCGAUAACGGCAGCACUUCUAAUUUCGUCACCGAGUCCCUCUGCGAGAAACUUGAUCUGAAGAGGUAUAACGCGAGCUCCACAGUGUCAGUGAAGGCGGUGCACAUCGAGCUCGUCUCGUCUCUCACGAAGGAGGCAUACCUGGCUGCGUUAAAUCGCUUCAUGGCUCGCCGGGGAAGGCCCCAGACCAUUUAUUCGGACCACGGUUCCAACUUUAUUGGUGUCGGACUGCAACGUGCAUCGCCUGGACCGCUUCCAACGCAUCGAAUUCCUGCGGCAGCACUUCUGGAAGCGAUACUGCGCAGAGUACGUGACCUUGCUCCAGCAGAAGACGAAGUGGCUCACGUCGACGGGACACCUACAAGUCGGAUCCCUUGUCUUGGUCAAGGACAAGACGCAACCCCCCUUGAUGUGGCUCAUGGGACGGAUCGUCCAGCUACAUCCCGGCAAAGACGGAGUCAGCAGAGUGGCAGACAUAGAGACCAAACGAGGCAUAAUUCAACGGGCCUACAACAAUAUCUGUCCUCUACCCUUGGACUGUUGAAUACCUCAACGGCGGGGAGCUUGUUGCGGCUAUUGAAGCUGGCAACAUCGGUGCAAGAGGAGGAGCGCGGGGAGCGGCGACACCACGUAUAAAUGCGUCAUCUUCGGUUGUCCGGACCCUCUUACCCUCUUACCUUUCGGACGCACGAUCUUUUCAUACAUAUUUGUCAUACAACCAUUGUAAACCAGACAUUAAAUUAUUCAUACCAUAAAA